AUGUGCAUGAUAAUCCGAGUGUUGCUACCUCAGGGGCCACCUUUCCAGCAUGCAACAGUUGUGCUAAAGGAUGCCCCAGAUGAGCAGCAUGAGCUCUAUUUCUGCGACAUCAUUGCAUGCUCAGCAUUUCUGUUCAGUAAUCCUGACUAUAAGAAGGUUAUUGAUUAUGAGCCAGAGGAGAUUUUUGUGACUGACAGAAAUGGGGCACCCACAAGAAAUGUAGUCUAUGCUGAGCUAAGCUCCAGUAGGAUCUGGAAUGAGGAGCAGUUCAAACUCUCUGAGCAGGGGCUCAGCGAUUCCACAAUCCUUGCGAUAAUGCUUGGCUCUGACAAGACUCACCUAACCAAAAGAUGCAUCCUGUGUACGAAAUAUUCAUAA